AAUCCGAGCUUAGCACACGAAGUUCGGGAGGCGGCUACUCCAGUGCAUUUCAGACUUCUUCAGUCAAUUGGCAAUUUACCAAAUGGUAUUCGACAAAUAUGUGACAUGAGAGCUCAUCUACUGCUCUUGAUGAAAACGGAGAGUGACAAAUCUAUAGUGUCAUCUCUGCAUCGUCUUGAGAAAUCUGCUCACGAGCUGCUUGUUUUGUGGUUUUGUCAGAGCAACAUGAAACUAGAGAGGUUGACGUGGCAGUCGCCAGGCGACAUUCUGCACAAG